AUGAAUAAUCAGACUUUUGUGACAGAAUUUAUUCUAAAGGGACUCACAGAAAUUCCUCAGUUCCAGGUUCUAUUUUUCAUCCUUUUUCUCUUCCUCUACACCAUAGCCCUUAUUGGCAAUUCUCUAAUUGUGGCUGCCAUCAGCCUGAGCUUAGGACUUCACACUCCAAUGUACUUCUUCCUGGUCAAUUUGGCCUUAUUGGAUGUCAUCUGCACAUGCACUUCUGUACCCAAGUUACUGCAGAUUCUGGGGGGAGAAGACAAGACCAUUUCUUUUGGGGGCUGCAUGACUCAGUUGUACUUUCUGACUUGGUCUGUAGCUGCUGAACUCUUACUCUUCACAGCCAUGGCUUAUGACCGUUACGUAGCCAUCUGCCAGCCUCUGCAUUACAGCAAAAUGAUGAGUAAGCAAGUUUGUGUCUCCUUGGCUGUGGCUGUGUGGGGAAUCAGUGCAUUUGGUGCCACAACAAAUACCAGCCUCUUGUUGAGGUUGUCAUUCUGUGGUCCCAAUGUGAUUGAUCAUUUCCUUUGCGAGAUCCCCUCUCUGCUGCCUCUCUCCUGUUCUUCCACAUAUGUGAAUGAUAUCAUGACAAUUGUGGCUGAUAUAUUCUUUGCUGUUCUGAAUUUCCUGCUCACCAUGCUAUCCUAUGGCUUCAUCAUCUUCAGCAUCAUGGCAAUUCAGACCACAGAGGGAAAGAAGAGAGCUUUUUCCACCUGUUCCUCCCACCUCAUUGUAGUGACGAUGUACUAUUCUACUGUGAUCUAUGUCUACUUAAGCCCAGGCUCAAGCUACUCUCCAGAUAAGGGCAAGAUCAUGGCUGUGCUUUAUUCCACAGUGAGUCCCACCCUUAAUCCUCUUAUUUAUACUUUAAGAAAUAAGGAUGUCAAAAGAGCCCUCAAAAAGCUCUUCAUAUUUCUCAAGGAGAAAUGA